AUGAAACAAGCCCCGUGCUCCGGCAGCGAGCAGCUUUAUCGACCUUGCCUCAAAACAGAAACAGCAAAAGCAGUAACAUUAGAACACGAAUCGAGCUGGAGCUGGGCUCGGCAACCUGUGUGUAGAAACCUGACAGGCUUCUACGAGGAGCGAAAAGAGCUGGACCGAAACAUGGAGGAAAUCUUCCAGCGUCUUUCGUUCUGGACGUCGCUGGAAAAGUCGAAUCGCUACUUGAUUCUCAAAGAAGUGGAAAACGCGCUGGCGCUCUUUGAACUGCAUCAUCAAGAUCAGGAGCUCGCCCUUCCCAAAAUAGAAAUAUCACGAGAUCAACAAACCAUUGACGCCAGCAGCAGCAUCCCAGCAGCAACUCUCAACCCUGACACGAACAGUAGCUCCUCGAAUUACUACAGUACAUGUUCGCAUCAAACAGUUUCCUGGCUCUACUUCAUCAUCGCUUGCCUCCUGCUUUUCAUCCUUUUCACUGGAAUUGAUUUCCACUGCCCCUAUCAAAUUGUCUAA